AUGCCCCUCUCCCUCUCGCCGCCGCUCGCUGCGUCGCCGCCCGAGCCGGCCGCGCCGGUGCGCCAGUGGUGGGAGCGCGUGCGCAUCGAGCCGGAUGUGCUGCCGCCGUUUCACGCCGAGCCGCAGCGCCCGGCCGAGCCGCCAGCAGCAGCAGCAGCAGUAGUGCCCACACCCGCUGCACCGGCCACGCCGGCGACGCCGCAGCACAUCGCCGGCUCGCCCACGCAUACACGCCCCGUGCUGCACCUUGACACCUCGUCCGACUCGGCCUCGCCCGUCUCGCCCUUCUUUCCGCCCAGCAGCAGCGACGGCGAGCCGCGCACGCCGGCUGCGCCCGAGGCUGCCGAGCCGCAGACUCAGCAGCGCUCGCCCGCCGCCGACUUCCUCUCCGCCUUUGCCAGUCUGCACUCGGUGAUCGAUGGCGAUGCGCCAGGCCACGCCCACACGGCCGACGAGGCGUGGGGCACGCGCAGCGAGACGCGUGCCCGCUCCCUCUCGCCGCUCUUUGCCGCGACAAUGGCAGCCUCUGGCGAUGCAGGCAGCUCGAGCAUGACGUACGGCGCCUCUGCGCCCGAGAGCGGCUCGCCCAGCGCGCCGUUUGGCCUCGGCAGCGCUGCGGCGUCGCUCUUCGCCGGCGCUGCCUCUGGGUCCGCGCGCCUGCCCUCGUCGAUGCCACCACAGCAUGCCGCCGCGUUGCGACGCACGCUCGCGCCUGACGAUGAGGGCGCCACACUUGCAGACGGCCGCUACGUGCUGGGCCGCGCCGUUGGCUAUGGCGGCAGCAGCGUGGUGCGCGAGGGGUGGGCCCAGACGCCCGCGACGGAGCUUGACCUGCCGGCCAGCUCGACGCGUGUGGCAAUCAAGAUCGUGCGUCUGGACACCGUCGACGACACGGUGGCCGCAGAGGUGGCGCUGUGGCAGGCGCUGCCGCCGCACGCGCAUCUGCUGCCGCUGCUGCACCACGAAGAGAUGCCGCUGGCGCCAGGCUCAGACGUGCGCGUGCUCUUCCUCGUCAUGCCCUUUGCCGACGCCGGCUCGCUGCUCGACUAUGUGCGCAACGAGGGCGUGCCGAAGCGCCUUCUCGCCGCAGCAGGCAGCUCCGGCGGCCUCUCGCGCGCCUCGAGCAUGCACACGCAGCUCAGCAAUGGCGGCACGGCCGGCGGACGCACAGACUACUCUGCACGCGUCGCUGCUGCUGCUGCGCCGCUGGCUGGCCGCACCGGCAGCGGCUUCUUGCCUCGCUCCAGCGCCGCGCGUGCGCAGAGCGGUGCGCCGAUCAGCGGCCAUGGACGCAUCUUCUCCGACGGCGGUCUGCCCAGCAGCGCAGCAGGCUCGGGCGGCAGUGCUGCCGGCUCGGCGCCCUAUCGGCGAGGCACUCUGGGGACUGCUGAGGCAGGAUCCGCAUCAAAUGCCGGCAGCCUUUCAGCCACUGGUGCCGCAGGCCUGCUGCGUCGCGCAUCGAGCCGCGCAGCGCCGCCGCGCUCGCGCGGCCUGCCUCUGGGCAACGCCCGGCGUGUGCUGGCCCAGCUGGCGUCGGCACUCGAGGCGCUGCAGGCUGAAGGUGUGCGGCACGGCGACCUCAAGCUCGAAAAUGUGCUGGGUCAGACCAAGGAGGUCGUCGGCGAUGCUGAUGUACAGCCCGAGGUGACGAUGUGGCGCCUGGCCGACUUUGGCCUGGCACGCAAGAUCGACGAGCAGCAGAGAGCGCCGCUGUACCAGGCACCUGCGCCUCCUGCAGCCGAAGAGAAGGGCCGCAAGUCGCGUCCGGCCGGGCGCGCAUCCGACAUCGGCCCAGCGGCACGCGGCAUGUCGUCGUUUCCGACUCUGCCGCGCGGCGGCUCACUGGCAUAUGCGGCGCCCGAAACGCUUCGCGACGCCGACGAGGCGAGCACGGCCGACCGAGCAGACGCGCCAGAGGGCUCGCUCUCGCCCGCGGCGGCCUUGGUGCACGCGCAAGACAUGUGGGCGCUGGGCUGCAUCUUCUACGCGCUCCUCUCGGGCCGCCUGCCGUUUGCCGACUCCUUCGAGCCGCGGCUGCAGGCCAAGAUUGCGCGGGGCAUCUGGACUUUGCCGCCGCGCCUGGUCCGGCGUCGGCCGCGGCGGAGUGCGCCCGGCAGCGAGGGCGAUGGUCUGCCGGCGGCGUCAAGCGCCAUGAGUCCCAGCGGCAGCGCCCAGAGCUUCUCGGAGCGCUCGCGACCCGACAGCUGGGCCAGCUUCAGCGGCAACUUCGGCGGACGCGAGCUGAGCUCGAGCGUGUCCAGCCUGCCACCAAAAGGCACGCUGCUGCAAGAGGAGGACAACGCCAGCGACACGGAAGACGAAGGCGAUGAAGAGGCGCGCCUGUGGGACGGCGACCGAGUGGAGCGACAGGAGGCCCGCGACGUGCUGCGUGGCCUGCUGGAGACCGAUCCUGCGCGCAGAUGGACGCUCGCCGAUGUGCUUGCUUCGCCGUGUCUGGCGCGCCUGCAUGAGCCUCCCGCGGUCGAGGAGCGGGGUCGUCAGGCCCAGACCGAGCCGCUGCGCUUUGAGCGCCAGGCCUCGCGCGAGCGUGUGACGCGCCUGGACUCGGAGCUGUCGCACUCGAGGCCCUCGCCAAAGAUUUUCGACGGCGACCUACCGGGAAGGAGCCAGACAGGCUCACCCUUCGGCAGCUCUGUGCGCUCGCGGCCGUCCAGCCCCUUCCUCAGCUCGAGCGAUGCGCAAGACAGCAUGCCGCCGCGCGGACGGCGGCGCGCAGGAGAGAUGGCGCAUCUGCGCGAGGGACACGCCUGGCAUGCGCACUCCGACACAUCUCGCAGUGCGACACACACGCCGCAGUCCGGAGCUCGCCCCAUCGACAUCGUCUCCACACGCUCGGCUAGCGGCAGCCGUUCCCGCAGCCGUAGUAGGCAAGCAUGCGAGCGCGAGGCCGCAGGCUACAGCGCGGCGUCGUUGCGCCAUCACGAAGCAGCGCAGUCGCCGGAGCAAAUGCGCGGACGCAAGCCGCUGCUGCACCGCUCCAGCUCGUACGAGAGCUCCUCGACGGGCUUGCCUGGCGGCAAUAAGAGCUCCGCGCACGCCGAGCGCGGCUCGUCAUCGCGCGGCAGUCGCAGCGGUGCGCGCUCUACAUCGCGACCACGCAUGCUUACGGGCGUCCCGAGCAGCGCGGGCGCCACGACAGGCGGCAGCGGCAGCAGCGGCUGGGCCGCCGAGUUCGUCUUUCCGCCCGCCAACGGCGAUGGCUUCCGCUGGCGCAGCGCCGAGCGCUCGUCGUCGUCGCGCACCAAUGCAGCGCGCAGCAGCACCAGUCGCAGCCGCUCGCGUGCUCCUGAGGCGCUCGCCAAUCUCCUCGCGCGCGAGAGAGCACAGCAGCAUCACAUGCAGCAUGGCGAUGCGGGCUCGUCGGUGCCUAGCUCGCCUGCGCCGGGCACGCCAGGCAGCGGCACCGAGGACAGCUCGCGCAGUCGAGAGCGCGGCGCUCGCAAUGCCUCGUCCGGCCUGCGUGCUCGCGCCAGCACCGAUGCGCUCCCCUCGCCGCGACCUGGCUCCGCACUGCCGCGCGGCAUACAGCGCGAGCCGCAGGCAGAGGCCGACGAGGACGAGCCCGAGACGCAGUGGUGGCAGCGCGGCCGCGGCCGCGAGCCCAAGCCUGCGCCGCCGGCCCACUCGCCCGAGCAGGCGCGUGCCGUGCUGCCGCCCGUCUCGGCCGCCUCGACGCCGCCGGCGAGCGACGAGGCUCGGCGCGCUGUGCCGCGCUGGCCGUGGGCGUCGUAG